UGUCCAUCGUUGACUCGAAAGUAGAUAAGCACAAGCAAAUUGAAGUUUAUACUCCCUGUUAAUUAUUGAUUUCAUUGGACUUUUCAACUAAUUGAAAACUGGGAAUUGCAAAGAAAGAGUGAUUGAACCACCCCGGGGCCACCGUGUGUGUAUAAAAGGAACGAGGAUGAAGCAAACACAUUAUUCUAAACACAGGAAUUAAACAAAAUGGCAAAUCUCCAAAUCAUAUUCACUUGUUCAUCAAUUCUAGCCUUUUCUCUUCUUUUCGCGGCGGUUUCCGGCUAUUCCCAUGAAUAUUGGUGCCGUCAAACCCCUUAUCCUCGCCAAUGUGAGUACUACUUGAGAGAUUAUCCGCCUAUAAAGAAUAAAUCAGAUUUCCUCAAAAUUUCUUUGAAAGUGGCCCUUAACAUCGCAGAGCAAGCUAAAGCCCACGCCACCUCUUUAGGCCCUAAAUGCCACAGCGAGCGCGAAAAGGCUGCAUGGACGGAUUGCAUAGAGUUGUACGAGAACUUGGUCGAGAGGAUCAACAUAACCGCUGAUCCUCCCACCAAGUGCAGCGUAUCCGAUAAGCAAACUUGGCUUAGUGCCGCCUUGACCAACUUCGAGACGUGUUUGAAUGGGUUCAAUGACCUAAACGUCACGGGCAACAUAUUGCCCGUGUUGUCAUCAAACAACGUGUCAUGUUUGAUUUGCAACACAUUAGCCCUCAACAAAGAUCACACAAAUAUUGAUGAUACCACCAUGUAUAGAGAUGGUUUCCCCACUUGGGUUAAGCCGGGAGACCGGAAACUGUUGCAGUCGUCAUCAGCGGCCUCGCAAGCGAAUCUUGUGGUGGCGAAAGACGGGUCCGGGAACUAUAAGACGGUUUCUGAAGCCGUAGCUGCAGCGGGGAAACGAUCCGGAACCGGGAGAUACGUCAUAUAUGUGAAGGCCGGAGUGUAUAGUGAAAACGUGCAAAUUGGGAGCAAGUUAACGAAUAUCAUGCUACUCGGUGAUGGAAUUGGAAAAACAAUUAUCACCGGAAGUAAAAGUGUAGGAGGCGGCACCACCACCUUCAAUUCCGCCACUGUUGCUGUGGUUGGAGAUGGAUUUAUUGGUCAAGGAAUAACAUUCAGAAACACCGCGGGAGCUGCAAACCACCAGGCGGUGGCCCUAAGGUCCGGCUCUGAUCUAUCGGUGUUCUACCAGUGCAGCUUCGAAGGGUACCAAGACACUCUCUACGUUUACACUGACCGACAAUUCUACCGGAAUUGCGACAUUUACGGGACCGUAGACUUCAUCUUCGGCAACGCCGCCGUCGUCAUCCAAAACUGCAACAUCUAUGCUCGAAACCCUCCCGCCGGGACCAACACGAUCACCGCCCAGGGCCGGACCGACCCGAACCAGAACACCGGUAUAUCCAUCCACGACAGCACAGUCGCGGCAGCUUCGGGCCUGUCGGGGUCCGCGAAGACAUACCUCGGACGGCCGUGGAAACAAUACUCCCGGACCGUCUUCAUGAAGACUUCCCUGGGUAGCUUGAUUGCUCCGGCGGGGUGGUUGCCGUGGAGCGGGACGUUUGCUCUGAGCACUCUCUACUACGGCGAGUAUGCCAAUACUGGGGCGGGGGCGUCGACGAGCAACCGAGUGAAAUGGGCCGGGUAUCACGUGAUCACUUCCGCGACGGAGGCUUCCAAGUUCACCGUCGCCAACUUCAUCGGCGGUAACUCGUGGUUGCCCGCCACCAAAGUGCCGUUCACUUCUGGCCUCUAAGCUCUAAAAUUAAAGCGGUGUUAUAGAUGCAUGAACUUUUUUCGUAUAAUGUUGUCCCCAUUUUUUCGAAUAAUGUUAAUGUUGUAUACAGAAUGUUUAAAAACAGACAUUGCAAAAUGUAUUAAAUAUCUACUAUCUAGUACCCAUACGACGUAUAUAUUCUCGUCGAGUUGUAAACUUUGAUAUUUCAAAGUAUCCGAAAUAAAUUUCAAUGCGUAUAAUUUAGUAAUGAUUUUCUUAUUAAUUUACGGGUUCUUCUACCGUACCACCAUAAAUUUCACGGGUUUUGGUACCCAUAUUUCUUAGCCAAUCAGAAUAAAAGAAAUUCACACGUCA